AUGGCGGAUUAUGUGCCAACUGUGUUCGACAACUUCAGUGCUAAUGUGGUGGUUGAUGGAAGUACAGUUAACCUUGGACUUUGGGAUACCGCGGGGCAGGAGGAUUACAACAGGCUGAGGCCUCUGAGUUACAGAGGUGCUGAUGUCUUCUUGUUUGUCUUCUCUCUCAUUAGCAGAGCCAGCUAUGAGAAUAUCUCUAAGAAGUGGAUUCCUGAGCUGAGACAUUAUGCACCAACUGUACCAGUUGUACUUGUAGGAACCAAAUUAGGCGUGUAG